CGGGCGGCUCGAGGCCGCAGGGGUGGGCCCUGCCGGGGACACUAGACUUGGACGCAUAGACCCCGGAAGAGCUUGACGGCAGCUCCCUGGAAGGGAAUCGAGGCCGUGGGGCCAGCGCCCAAAGGCCAGCUUUGGCUCCUCCUCUCGGAGCUUGAAAUCGCCCCUGGUCUAAACGAAGAGACUGCUGUUCACGCUCUGGCUCCCACGACUCCCCUCUGAGGACCCACGGACCCAGCCCCGCAGGCCCGGGAAAUCGGCCCCUCCUGGCAGGAUGGACGAGGAGAGCCUGCAGACCGCCCUCCGGACCUACGACGCGCAGCUGCAGCAGGUGGAGCUGGCCCUGGGCGCUGGCCUGGAUCCCUCGGAGCUGGCCGACCUGCGCCAACUGCAGGGGGACCUGAAGGAGCUGAUCGAGCUCACUGAGGCCAGCCUGGUGUCGGUCAGGAAGAGCAAGCUGCUGGCGGCGCUGGAUGGAGAGCAGGAGGAUGCUGAGCCUUUGGCUUUCCAGAAUGCCAUCGCGGAGACGGUGGAGGUGCCAGUAGCCCCCGGCGCAGAACUGGAGACUGUUCCUUCGAGAGAGACUGGGCCAGGACCCACGGAGCCUGGGCAGGAGGAGGACGAGGGGGAGGACGAGGAGGGCGGGGAAGCACUGAGUGGGAGAAAGGUGAACGCCCCCUACUACAGUGCCUGGGGCACCCUGGAGUAUCACAACGCCAUGAUCGUGGGCACCGAGGAGGCGGACGACGGCUCCCCGGGCGUGCGCGUGCUCUAUCUCUACCCCACUCACAAGUCCCUGAAGCCCUGCCCGUUCUUCCUGGAGGGGAAGUGCCGCUUCCAGGAAAACUGCAGGUUCUCGCAUGGGCAGGUAGUCUCAGUGGACGAGCUGCGCCCCUUCCAGGACCCGGACCUGAGCUCCCUGCAGGCCGGCUCUGCAUGUCUGGCCAAGCGGCAGGAUGGUCUGUGGUACCCAGCACAGAUCACUGAUGUAGACAGCGGCUACUACACGGUCAAGUUUGACUCUCUGCUGUUGAAAGAGGCCGUGGUGGAGGGGGACAGCAUCCUGCCCCCACUGCGCACAGAGCCUGCAGGGUCCUCUGACUCGGACGGCAGCGAUGCAGACGACCCCAGCUAUGCUCGAGUGGUGGAACCUGGUGCUGCCAACCCCGGGACCUGCAGCUCCGCUUUUGCUGGCUGGGAGGUGCACACGCGGGGCAUUGGCUCCAGGCUCCUCGCCAAGAUGGGCUACGAGUUUGGCAAGGGUCUGGGCCGGCGUGCAGAGGGCCGGGUGGAGCCCGUCCAUGCUGUGGUGCUGCCGCGCGGGAAGUCGCUGGACCAGUGUGCAGAGAUCCUGCAGAAGAGAACCCAGGGUGGCCAGGCUGGCGUCAGCAAGCCCCCAAAGUGCCGGGGCAGAGUGGGUGGAGCUGGGGGCCGCCCACCUCCUCGCAGUGUGUUCGACUUCCUGAAUGAGAAGCUGAAAGGCGGGACUCCAGGGGCCCCGGAGGUGGGGGCAGCGCCCCCCAGAAGGAGCGGCAAGGAGGUGUACCACGCCAGCAGGAGUACCAAACGGGACCUGAGCCUGCGGCUCCUCCAGACUGAGGAGAAGAUUGAGCAGAUCCAGCGAGCCAUCCGGGGCAUCCAGGAGGCCCUUGCCCGCAAUGCUGGCCGGCACAGUGUGACAACGGCCCAGCUGCAGGAGAAGCUGGCAGGAGCCCAGCGGCAGCUGGGGCAGCUCCGGGCCCAGGAGGCGGGCCUGCAGCGGGAACAGAGGAAGGCCGACACCCACAAGAAGAUGACUGAGUUCUAGACCCCUGCACGUGUCGCGGAUGGAACUGAGGGGCCUUGACUCCUGCUGCCCUCGGGCAGACAGUGGGGAUGCCACCAGAAGGGCCAGCCUGCUCUGUGGCCACACUCCACAGAGGGCCUUCUUGCUGGCCUCCGGCAUGUGGACACUGCUGAGCAAAGAUGGGCUGCAGGGGCCCCUUCCUGAUGCUUCCCUGCCCACUGAGUCCACCUGCUGGUGUCCUAGGGCGUCUCGUGAGCAAAGACAUUAAAGUGACUUUGUCGCAGUGUCUGAUUUCA